AUGAAAGGAGCACACAAACAAUUUGCAAAGACUAUGGAAACAAGUCUUGGUGAAAAUAGAGUUAAAUAAUAGUAAAGGUCUUUAUAAGAGGGUCAUUAAGAAAUUAUAAAGAACCUAAUGUCUACAAUAAUAGGAAAACCUACAAUCGUAGAAGCUUAAAGAGUUUUAAGAGUUUUAGAUUAGCUUAUCUAAAAUUUAGAAUAUUGUUUAUAUUUGGAUACUGAAUUUAUUGGACGCUUUUAAACUGGAAAAUUUUUAAAAGAUGCAAAGUAACCGCUAACAGAAGAAACUAUGAAACUUUUGUAAUCGUAAGCUGAAAUAGAACAGAAAUAUAGACCUUAUGCAAAUUUAGACACAGCAUUAAAUCAAGGGGAAGAAAUAGAUGAGACAAAGAAAAUGGAAUCAGAGAGAUUAGAAAAUUUAUUAUAAGAAAAUUUCAAGAAUUUAUUAAGAAGACUAUAACAUUGUCCUAAAGAUUAUGAUAUUAUUAAAGGAAUGAAAACAAAUAUCAAUACAGAAAUGAGUGAUUUAUUACAUUGUGUAAAGUGUAUUAAAAUAGUUAUGUUGAAAAAAUUAAGUACAGCUUAAGAAGAAUAGAAUAGUCAUGUUAAAUAAUUAGAAGAUUUAAAGUCUAAAGUAAAUAUAUAUUAUUAUAUAAUAUAGAUAGCAGGAUAAGAGAAGACUAAAAGUUAAUUAGAACAAGAAUUACAAAAAAUUAGAUAGGAAAGAACUGCAAAUAUGAAUAAGAUGAAAGAAGAAAUAGAGAAAUUGAAAUAAUCUAUUGCAGAAGUUAAAGCUAAUAAAUAAAAGAGAUAAGAUUAAUUGGCUAAAGAAAUUUAGAAUAAGUAUGAAGGAUUAGAAAAAGAUCAUAAAACAAAAGAAGAUAAAUUAUAAGCAGAACUAUAAGCUUAGAGAGCUCGUUUUAUAAAAAUGAAAGAUGAGAAUACAUAAGAAGAGGCAACUUUGAAAAGGCGUAAAUAAGUUCAAGAUUAAUCAUUAUCUGAAGCAAUAUAAAUAUAUGAUCAGAUGAUGGAGGAAUAUAUGAAAAAUUUAACUGAUUUAUAAAGUGAAUGUGCUUCAAUAGAGAAAUAAUUGAAAGACAGGUAGGAGUAUUUCAAAGCAGUUGAUUCAGAAAAAGGAAGAGAAAGAUAGUUGGAAGAGGAAUUCAGAAGAUUAAAAGAACUACAUUAAAUAGAAUUAGAAAAGAAAUCAGAAGCAGCUAAACAUAUUUAAGCAUUCUUAUAAUAAGUCAAAAGUAUGAAUUAAAUAAAAUAUUUAUAGAACCAUCAAAGAAACCAAAGAAAGCACCUAAAAAAUGA